GGCCACUUGAUUUCUCGAGCUGUUAAAUAUUUUUUAAAGGUGAUAUUUUUUUUUUUUUUUUUUUAGAUUUCUAUCUUGUGUAUUUCAACCCCUUCUUUUACAAUGAGCGAAUCUAACACUAUUAUCGGUAUUAACUUUGGUACUGCCUACACCUCUAUUGCCUACCUCAACAAGGAUGGUCGCGCCGAUUGUCUUGCCAACGAGGAAGGUGAUAGACAGAUCGCCUCUGCCCUUGCUUUCCAUGGUGAUGAAGAGGUUAUUGGUUCUCAAGCCAAGUCAGACAUUGCUCGUCACCCCGAUCACACCAUUGCUAACUUCCGUGCCAACCUUGGAAAGAGCUUUGCCGAAUCCGAGAUUUUGCCUGGAUCUGCUGCCGCUGUUGUUGAUAAGAACGGCGCCCCUGCUUAUGAAGUUACUUUGCCCGAAGGUAAGGUUGUCUUCAGUGCUCAAGAGGUUUCUGCCAAGUUCUUGCGUCAUAUCCGUGAAUCUGCCGAAGAUUUCUUGGGUACUCCCGUCAACGGUGCUGUCAUGGCCGUUCCUUCUUAUUUCACUGAUAAGCAACGUGCUGAAUUAACCGCCGCCGCUGAAGCUGCUGGUAUCAAGGUUGUUCAACUUGUUCACGAAUCCUCUGCCGCUGCUCUUGCUUACGGUAUUGGUCAAGAUGCUUCCAACAAGGAUCCUCAAGAUAAGACCGUUGUUGUCUGUGAUUUGGGAGGACACUCUUUCGAUGUUACUGUCUUGGCUGUUCGUUCCGGUAUGUACACCGUUUUGGCCACUGCACAUAACACCAAGGUUGGUGGUGCUACUUUCGAUGAUCUCUUGAUCAAGCACUUCUCUGGUGAAUUCCAAAAGAAGACCAAGAUUGAUAUUUCUUCCAACAAGAAGGCCUUGGCCAAGCUCCGCAACGCCGUUGAGGUUACCAAGAAGAUGUUGUCCAGUGCCAACUCUGCUCCUUGUUUCGUCGAGUCUUUAGCCGAAGGUUAUGAUCUCCAUAGCAACAUUAACCGUAUGCGUUUCGAGCUUUUGUCUAAGGGUAUUUUUGCUCAACUCCAAACUGUUAUUGCCGAAGUUUUGGAAAAGUCUCAAUUGGAUGCUUCCGAAGUUGAUGAAGUUCUCCUUGCUGGUGGUUCUGCCCGUAUUCCCAAGUUUGCCUUGAAGAUCCGUGAAGUCUUUGGUGAGAACACCAAGGUUUUGAGCGAACUCGAAGCUGAUGAGGUUGUUGCCCGUGGUUGUGCUAUCCAAGGUUCUUUGAUCAGCUCUUUCGAGAAGGAAGAUAUCGAGGCUGCUAUCCACCCCGUUGUCACAUUAGCUCCCAACACAUCCAAGGCCAUUGGUGUUAUCAACGCCAAGGGUGAAUUUGUUACUGUCAUUCCCCGUGCUACUGCUCUCCCCACCCGUCGUGUCUUUGAGUUCUCCAACGCUGAGGCUAACCAAACCCAUGCUUACGUCGCUUUGUUCGAAGGUGACCAUGUUGUUGAAAAGACCGAAGUUAAGCACGAAGCUCCUGCUGCCGAAGAAGGUGAAGAGGCUUAUGAGGAUGAGGUCGAGACUGUCACUAAGGUUUUCCAAAAGCCUGCUGCUAAGUUGAUCGAAGCUUCUCUUCCUCUUGAACAUGCUGCCAAGGCUAAGGGUAGCAAGAUUGAGGUUCAAAUCACUGUUGAUGCCAAAUCUAACUUGACUUUGGUCUUGCGUGAAAAGAACGGUUCCAAGGUUGUCAAGGCCGAAGCCAAGAAAUAAAUACAUUUACUCUAUCCCCUUUUUACAUACAUAUAAACCACUUUUUUUAAAAAACAGAAGGGACUUCCUUUACAUCCCUUCAUUUUUGUUACAAUAAAUAGAUUCUUUUUUUUAAAA